CACAGCCCAGUCCACAGCCCAGUCAACACCUCCAACCAGCCUUUUUGAAACGCUCCCCUUCUCAAUUUCAUUUUCUCCCACGUCUCACAUCACCCAUCGCGUCGCAUAUCAACACCCCAUACACCAUACAAUCCAACAACUCGUCUGCCCUUUGCCCUUAGAAGUCACCCAGCCCUCAAAUACGGAUUCAAAUUCUCCUACACGGACUCCUCCGUCCUGUGUGUGUGUGUGGUCUGUGCUUCCUAUCCCGAGAUUGUCUCUCUCUCGUCUCCCCAACUGUCAGCCCAAACCCACCGCCAGCCACCACGACGUCGUCCUCAGCCAGCAACGUCGCCAGCUGAUUCCAUUCGCGCCUGAGAGAUACCGCUAGUCGAGCUCUCCAUCGCCUUCCUUUCUUCGCGGUCCUUUAAUUGUCGCUCAGCAGCAGCUCGUAUCACGCGCGCGACACUCUCUUCGUCGCCCUUCGCCAUCGACUGUACUUCUCGACGGACCCGACGACUGAAUUGCGACCCGACUUACCCACGGCAUAAUCUGGGAAGGGGGUUCGGGAUACCAUCAGUGAUCCGGUUUUCCUUAUGCCAUCUUACGGAUCGCUGCACUCGCCAUCACUACGCAAAAUGAACGGCAAUAUGGGCUCAUCCAUGAGAGGGCGCGCUGGGGGAAUGGGCGGGAUGAGCAUGGAUAAUAUCUUCGGCGACCCUUUCGCUCUGGCCACACUCUCCAUAGCGCUGCUGGCCUGGUUAAUUGCUCUUAUCGGGACGAUUGUCACCGAUGUGAACGGCGACGUGCAGAGCUACGCCUGGUUCGCCGUCUUCUAUAUGCUGGCCUGCAUUAUCGGCGUCUUUGUGGUUAUCGCUUCCAACACAUCUGCGACUUACAGCGUAGCGGUCGUUGGCUUCCUGGCUAUUGGAUUCACCGUGACAAGCUCAGCUAUCAACGGCGUUAUUUUCGCCCCCAUUGGGUCGAUGAAUGCCAUGGCUGCGGGAGACAUUCUUCUCUGCAUGGUUACCGUUGUUUGGAUAUUUUACUUCGGAUCUACUCCAUCUGCGGUCUCCCGCGCCUACCUCGACUCGUUUGCUCUUCACAAGGAGCAGCCUUCUGCGAGCAGCAACCGCGGCAUGUCCCACGCCUAUGGAAGCGGCCGACCUGAUACUUCUAUUUCGCGCCAGGCUCCACAGAUGUACACCUCCGCGCAACUCAAUGGAUUCGAAACCUCGUCACCUGUCCAGUCCGGUUUCACCAACGCAGGGAUGGGAACCGAUAAGGGAUCUAUCCAGCAGCGCUUCGGCAACAGCCCCGCCCCCGUCAACUCUGGGACCGGCGCACCGAGCCAGAUUCCCGAGCAGACCGUCCCCGAGGUUGUCGCCCCGACAGAAUACCCCUACAGGGCGAAAGCCAUCUACUCAUACGAGGCGAAUCCCGACGACGCCAACGAGAUCAGCUUCUCGAAACACGAGAUCCUAGAGGUUUCCGACGUGAGCGGAAGGUGGUGGCAAGCGAAGAAGGCCAACGGCGACACGGGCAUUGCCCCUUCGAAUUAUCUCAUUCUAUUAUAGUGCAAUGGCGAAUUUGUCAGGUUUAAGUAAUGACGACUGAUUAUGUACUCACACCCUAUCGUACGGGUAUCAUUUCCUUUGUUAAUGUAUUCUUGCCCUCUGGCCCCGCGGCUCUGGCACGAGAGCGGGACAUGUUAUUUUUAAAGUGCCGGCCUCGCCUUGUCCGUGUGCGGUCGAGGCUGCUGGGAAGUUCUGUAUUAGCGGUUUAUUCUAGGGAAGACAUCUUGUUGGACUUGCAACUGGCGUUGGAUUGAUGAUGGGGGAAUAUGGCACAUACAUCUGGGCUACUCGUCGUCAGGCACCCUCAUCUCGUGGUGGACUCAGGAAAAUGUUACAUGCAUACACUCACUGGUUGAAAUUGAAAAGUGUAAAUGAAAAUUAUAAACAUC